CCCUCUCCCUCUCUCUCUCUCUCUCCCUCCCUCCCCUCAGAAAGAGGAUACUAUCCUCUUCUUGCCAAGUUUAUUUUUAACUCGAAAGGUUGUAUUCCUGGUCAAGCCCAGCUUUGUCACAUGUGCGAGUCAAGCUGAACAAGGGACCGGGACCCGUCCCACUGCCUGAGGACCCAGCAUGUUUUUUGGAGGGGGAAGGCAGGGCUGUGGGGAGUCUUGUCUUUAAGGAGAGCCCCAUCCUAUCCUGAGCCAGGUGAACUUCCCACUGGAGAACUCUCUCACUCCUCACUACCGCCCCUUCUCCUCUCUCCCCUCUCGUGAUUUUUUUUUUUUUUUUUUUUUUUUUUUUGUCCUGUCGUCCUUGGCUGAGUGAAAGACCCAGCUCUCUUCUUGGGGUGCCAAGAGCCAAAUCAUGACGUAAUACGUAUUCCCGAUACGUGUGCCCCAGCUUUUUUGGUUUCAACCACCGCGGCGCCCAGCACAACGCCUGGUACCUGAGAAGUUUGGGGCAGAUGGCAUUCGAUGACUGCUUCAGCUUGACUUGCCCUGGAAACCCUCACCCCGGGGACUUGAUUGAAGUACUCCGUCCUGGCUAUCAGCACUGGGCCCUGUACUUGGGUGAUGGUUAUGUCGUCAACAUAGCCCCUACAGAUGGCAUCCCUUCAACACUGACAAGUGCCAAGUCUGUGUUCAGCACAAAGGCCUUGGUCAAGAUGCAGCUGCUGAAGGAUGUUGUGGGAAAUGACACUUACAGAAUAAACAAUAAAUACGACAAUAUGCACCCCCCUCUUCCUGUGGAGGAAGUCAUUCAGAGGUCAGAGUUUAUCAUCGGAGAGGAGGUGGCAUAUGACGUCCUGGAUAACAACUGUGAGCAUUUUGUGACUUUGCUUCGCUAUGGAGAAGGAGUCUCGGAACAGGCCAACCGAGUAGUAAGUACUAUUGGACUGGUGACAGCUGUUGUUAGUGCCUUCUCCUUUCUGGGCUUGUUUCCAAAAAGACAAAGAACAAACUACUGUUAACAAUUUAUCGAAGAGAUAUUGGAACUGAAGAAAUUUGUGAAGAGAAAAAAAAAACCCUGAAGUGAAUACUUAUUUUCAAUGCAUCAUUAUUGUUCCACUUUCUGAUGAUGGAUGGCAUGAUCUUU